GUCUCUGUCUUGUUUUGUUUUCCUCAGCAGAAUCCCCACCACAGUGCUAACUGAGGAUGGCUGAAGGACCAAAAGUGUAUAAGAAGACCUGCCCCAAUGGGAAGCUAUCCAUCUAUCUUGGAAAGCGUGAUUUUGUGGACCGCGUGGAGGAUGUCGAACCCGUAGAUGGGAUUGUCUUGAUUGACCCAGAAUACCUGAAGGACAGGAAAGUGUACGUGACCCUCACCUGUGCCUUCCGCUACGGCAGAGACGAUCUGGAUGUCAUUGGGCUGACCUUCAGGAAGGACCUCUAUGUCCUCGCCAUUCAGCUUUUUCCUCCUGUGCCAGACCAGGCACCCAAGACCCUCACUCCUUUGCAAGAGAAACUGAUGAAAAAACUGGGAGAGAAUGCUUACCCCUUCACCUUUGAGAUGGCGACUAAUCUUCCGUGUUCUGUCACACUUCAGCCAGGACCUGAUGAUGCUGGAAAAUCUUGUGGUGUUGACUUUGAGGUCAAAACUUUUUGUGCUGAAAACCUGGAAGAGAAAAUUCACAAGAGGAAUUCUGUAAGGCUGGUGAUCCGAAAGGUCCAGUUUGCUCCUGAGAAGACAGGCCCAGCUCCAAAGGCUGAGACUACCAGGCAGUUCAUGAUGUCAGACAAGCCGCUGCAUCUUGAGGCCUCACUGGACAAAGAGGUUUAUUAUCAUGGAGAUCCCAUCGGAGUUAAUGUCAACAUUAACAACACCACCAACAAGAUUGUGAAGAAAAUUAAAAUAUCUGUUGAACAGAUCACAGAUGUGGUUCUCUAUUCCCUGGACAAAUAUACAAAGGUUGUGUGUUCAGAGGAGUUUGUUGAGAAUGUUGCUGCCAACUCCACUUUCUCCAAAAGCUACACAGUGACUCCCACCUUAGAUAAAAACAGGCAGAAGCGCGGCCUGGCACUGGAUGGCAAGCUCAAGCAUGAGGACACCAACCUGGCCUCCACCACGGUUCUGAGACCUGGAAUGGACAAGGAAGUGCUGGGGAUCCUGGUUUCCUACAAAGUGAAAGUCAACCUGAUGGUGUCCAGAGGAGGCAUUCUGGGAGACCUCACAUCAAGUGAUGUUGGUGUAGAACUACCCGUGGUUCUGAUGCAUCCAAAACCUGCUGACAACUCGCCUUUUCCCUUUAUUUUCAGUGCGGAGGACAUUGUUAUCGAAGAAUUUGCUCGGCAGAAGCUCAAAGGCGAGAAGGAUGAUGAGGAAGAGAAGGAGGAAGAGGACAAAGGAGAAAGCUAACGUGGCUACCCCUUUGGCAGUACAGGAAUCCUUGCUGCGCUCAAAUUUGGGAGUGGGCAUUCUUUUCAUGCAUUACUA